CUGUAGUAGUGCCUCAGGUCGCACUUUCUCUUAUGCACCUCGGAACUCUCUCUCAGUUCUUUGUUCAACUUCAACAUGGAAGCCGAGCAAACCCCGUUACGACUGGAAGGCGAGGGAAGCCGUAGUGGGAGCACGGCGACGAGUCAACUGUCCUGCGCGCAGUGUCGAAACCGGAAACUUAGGUGUGACCGGAAGUUCCCAAGGUGUGAGAGGUGUGUCCAGCUAGGCGAGACAUGUAACUAUCCCGAAGCGAGGCAGCGAGCGCUUGGUCGACGCAGAACUGUGCGGGAACUUGAGACGCGAAUAGAGGAACUUGAAGCCCUCCUCAGGGCGGCCAACCUCAAUAACUUGCGACAGAAUGAAGAGACCGAAUCAGACUCAGUUCAGAGACCCCAGCCCCUGUUCCAGGAAGACAACAACUUAAGCCUGGAUCUCCUCGCCGCCGACCCUCCACCGUUAUACCAGGAUCUGUCACUCGAAAACAUGAUGUUUCCCGCCCAGGCAGCACCGGGCUUCCUUCCACAGUCAGGUGCAAAUCAGCUGUUUGGCCUCAGCCUCUUUGAGCAGCUCCCUUCGUGGGAGGUCAUAGACGAGCUGACAACUCUCUAUUUUCAAAACAUCCAUGCCGGUGCGCCCAUGCUUCACCAGACGAGCUACACAGCAGCCCUGCGUCUCCCUCCGCACAUGCGCCCUCCCAUGUGUCUGCAGUACAUCGUCAUGGCGUCGGCUGCGGCAACAUCACAAGCCUACCGCCACCUCUCCGAGCCCUUCUACCAGCGUGCCAGGGUUUACGCCGAGGCUGACGAGCUGAAGGGACAAGGAGAGACUUUCACGACACUGGGCCACGUCCAAGCCUGGUGCCUCAUCUCAGCCUAUGAAUGCCACGUGUACGCCAUCUUCACUCGGGCCUCUACGAGCCUCUGCCGAGCAGUGCGGAUCGCUCAGAUGCUCAAAUUGCACCGACUUGACCUUCUUGACCCUCAAGGCCAGGACCAGCUACAGUCAGGCCUACCCCGUCCAAGGACCUGGAUCGAGGCCGAGGAGAGACGGCGAACGUGGUGGGUCGCCUUCAUGGCCGAUCGCUUCCUCUCGUCCAUCACGGGCUGGCCCUCCCUGAUCAAGGAACGCCAUGUCCGGACCACGCUUCCUUCUACUGAAGAAGCUUUCAUCUGGGGCAUAAAAAACGAGGCCCCGAUUCCUCUCUCUAAGGCUCUGCGGGCACUCCAACAACAAAGCGGCGCCCAGCCAUCCCCUUUUGCCAUCCGCAUCCUCGCCGCUAACGAGCUUCUCCACGUCCUCGAUCAUACUGCCCACCAUCCGCCAGACCACAAGAAUGUCAACAUCGAAGAUAUGCUCAACGGAUCCUACUGGCGGCGUCACAGGGAGCUCGACUCAAACCUCACUACGCUAACCCUCUUCCUGCCCGAAAGUCUGCAGCUCUCGCACAACCCGCGCAGCCUCGACGCCAUCCUCGUCCACACCUGCACCCACAUGGCCAUCAUACAGCUUCACCGCGUGGCGCUGGGGUUGUUGCAUCAGAACCACUCCACGAUUUCGGCUUCCGCCAAUCUGAUCGCCGAGAGUCAGGCCCGCAAGGACUCUGCUGCCCAGGGAAUUCUGGCCGUGUUCCGCACGGCGGGCGAGGAGGGCCUCGGCAGGGCGAUUCGGAACCCGCUGCUCUCGUUUGCUGCUUACAUGGCUGCGUUGGUUUUCCUUGAGCAUUGUGUUUCAGCAUCACAGGGAGCAGCAGGAGGAGAAGGAGGAGGAGGAGGAGCAGGGAGACACGAGAGCGAGGACGCCCUGAACUUCCUGACCGGGACGCUGGUCUUCUAUGCGAAGGGUAGCCCGCUUGUCCGGGCCAACGCCUUCCAGUUGGCAAUGGACAUGAAGCGCGCGGGCUACGACUCGUCCAUGAUGGACAGCGUGAUGAACCAGAUUGAGACGCUGGGCGGGACUGCGUCCGAAAUACAAGUGCAGGGGUCAAAUGGGCGGCCUAUGCUGUUUUGUCCGGCGCUUACAUCCACGCUGGAUUCAGAUGAGGGUACAGCGUUUGUUUUGCAAGGUACCUUUGGACUUUAGAAGAGACAUGAACGGCUCACAGUCCCAAGCUGAGGACGUUUUGAUAUGGCGUCCAGAUAAGAGCAAAUGCCACAUGCAGUUAACCCUUUGUUUACGCGAUAGAGGGGGGUAACUCUUGCCUGAAUAUCGGAUGUCUUUUUGUGGGAAUGGCUAGAUC